GCCACUGUUAAGACCAACAGCAUAAGAUUUGUUGGCCAAUCCCGACUCUACUUUCCCGAUGAAUAAAACGACAAGAUGCUGCGCCAGAACCUGUUGGAUCAGCUCAAGCACUUCAUAGAGACGGUGAGCAAUGGCCACAGUUGUCCCCAGCUGCUGACCAGCCCCAAUCUCAUCAAGCUGGCCCUGGGCUUCCUGGAGGAGCUGCCCGCCACGCGGGACAUUGUGUUCGAGUACUUUGCCCUGCUGGCCGAGAUCAGUGUGCAGCUGUAUGUGUCGCCGGAGAUGGCCGAUGCGAAGACCGGACUGCCGGUGUCCCAGGUGAAGCAGGCGGGGAAUCGGCAGCAGCAGCUGCGCGCCCCGGAAUACGAGGCCUUCAACAUGGUCAAGACGGCGCUGCAGAGUCUGGUGUGGAAGGGCCCAGCCGCCUGGUCGCCGCUCAUUGCCAACUGGAGUUUGGAGCUGGUGGCCAAGCUCUCGGAUAAAUACACCCAGCGGCGGAUGACCAUCACGGCCAGCUGCAACUAUUGGCUGGAAUGCAGCGCCAUGCAUGGUUUGAUGACCUUGAUCAACAGUUGCUUCCGCAAGUUGACGCAACCGGAAGAGGAGGCCUGCGUGGAGAUCAUGCUGAAUGCCUUCCAUCGGUUUCCCAUGACCUUCGAUUGGAUUGUGGCCCGGCUGGGCGGCUGCUUCCCCUACAAGAUCAUCAUGCAGAUCCUGCAGUGCGGCAUCAAGCGUUUCGUCGACGACUAUCGCUGCCAUCUGGACUCGGAGGCCGGCAUCCUGGACUACAUGACCUCGUGCCACGAACAGCAGCUGCGGGCCGCCUUCCGCGAGAUGCUGCGCGAGGGAUUCGCGCCCAAGAAGCCGCUGGACGUGGCCGUGGUGCCCUUCCUGCUGAUCACCACCAACUACUCGGACACGAUCCUGCAGAGCCUGGUCAAUGUGCUGGUGGAAAUAUACAACGAGGACAUGUGCGAGGUGAUUGUGCAGAAGUCGCCGCUCUGGCUGAGCAACAAGAUGUUCGCCGGCAUGCAGCCCACGCUGAAUAACGCGGUGCUCCGGCUAAACGAGCACGGAGCCACGCUGCUGCUGACGGCAGCCAGGAUGGCCGAGAAGUACGUUUGGUGCCAGGACUUUCUGGACAACUCGAUGCAGGAGCUGGAACAGUGGGUGCUCAAUCAGCGCAACUUUCCGCUGCUGGCCGAUCUGGCCUACGAGGAAACAAAGUACAAGCUGUGGAAGAGCUGCCUGAGCACCAAUCUCUUCGAGCAGCAGACGGCGGUGCGACUGCUCCUAGUGGUCUCCUCUCAGCAUCCGCACAUUUAUUACCAGACGAUAUCGCAGCUCCUGAAGAAGUCAUACGCACAGAAUCCCAAUGGCAUUGGCGCCCUCAUCCGUUUGCUGGGUGGCCAAAGUGGCAUGGUAAACUUUCCCGGAUUCACGCCGGGCUUUAAAAUGGUUUUGGAGGACAUAACGCUGCAUGUUCAGGUCAACAAUCGGCUGCCAGUGCCGCCGGGCACGCCCACAGAAGCGUUCAACACGUUUUCCAACCUUAAUAUACUGGCUAGAAUGCACAAGAGCAAGAAUGUGGCUCCUUACAUUAAAGCACAACAUUUAAACGCGGCCCUCAACGAAUGUCUUCCAAAAAUCAUCCAAAUCUUUGACUGCACCGUCAACAAAUUGGUUCUGAAAAUGGACAAGGAUGCCGCUGAGCGCAGUGCGGAGAAAUUUAGGGCGCAGCAAAGUAGCUAUAACAACAAUAACCAUGAUCUGUGCAAUGGAAAGGACUACGGAAAGCGGUUAAAGUUGGAGGAGGGACCAGAAAAGGCGGAGGAGGAGGAUGAGGACGUAACCCGCAUGCGUUUGGCCCACCUUAUUGUGGAUCUGCUGAACAAUAUAGAUGCCGGCAGUCGUACGAAUGUCCUGCGCACUCCGCUUGUUCUCAAGUUGGCCGUGCUAAGCGUGAAGUACUUCUUUGUGGGACUGACUGAGCAGACUGUGAUUCGUCGAGCGGCGGCCUCGCAUCGCUCAUACGCCCUGUUGCAGCGUCAGUGCUCCGCCCGGAAGAUUGCGCGAACCGUCUGCCUGCGCGAACUGGUGGAGGGCGCCCUCUUCUACCAUGGCCAUUUGCUUGGCCAACUGGAAGAGUACGAACUGGAUGAGCUGCAGAUCCCCGAGCACGAGCUGCUCAUCCUGCAGAACCUGCACACCAGCUCGGGCGCCAACUCGAAUCGUUCCGUGCUGCAUUCCGGGAUCAUUGGCCGCGGUCUGCGACCCGUGCUGCCCACCAACGAGAGAAACUGCGAUGCCGAGAAGCAGGCUCUGUAUCUCAAGGCUUUGAACGCUUGCUGUGCCGAUCUGGAGAAACCGAAUAACGUGGAGGGCUACUCGCUGGUCUCGCUGCUGCUGGUCGAGCUGGUCUCCACGGAUGUCAUGUACAAUGGGCUGCCCUUUCCGGACGAGGAGUUCACCAGGGUCACCAUGGAGCGGGACAUGCAGAUCAGGCGGGCCUUCAUCACCUCCCCGGUGCUCUGGGCGGUUUUGGGACUGAUCGCCGGUCAUCGGCCGGCCCUCUGCUAUUCCUCUGUGCUGUUGCGGGCACUCUGCGCCACCUGCCUGCAUCAUUGGCGGGGAAAGAACGUCAAUAGAUUCCAGCCCACGGCUGCCAACGAUGAGCUGAUGCUGUGCACCAAGAAGAUGCUGCAGCUGCUGGCUAUGAGCCAACUGAUUCCGCCGCCACUUACCAACUUGCAUCUCAUUAUCGAGCACUUUGAAUCGGCAGAGAUUGCUCUCCUGCUGCGCGAGUGCAUCUGGAACUACCUGAAGGACCACGUGCCCUCGCCGGCGCUCUUCCACGUGGACAACAACGGACUGCACUGGCGGAACACGAAUGCGCCGCUGGCCAAGGUGCCGCCGCAGUAUGUGGACACCCUGCGCCACCUGAUGCAGCGCAAGCUGUCCACUUUGGGGCCGCACUACCAUCAGAUGUUCAUCAUGGGCGAGCUGAUGGAGGGGAGGAACACGGAGCCGGAUCCCACGGCCCGGCUGCAGAUCGUGGAACUAGAUUAAGCGACCGUAGUUAGCUAGCUAGCCUAAUGUUGUGUGAAUGGUAGAGUCUGGAUUAAUGAGUGUUGUGGAGUGGAUUGUGCGAACUAAAUGCAGUGUUUUGUAUUUUGAUCUUCAA